GGGAGUGCGCUCUGUGGUGGGAUGAAAGUGUGAGAUUAGCUAAUAUUUUUGCAGAAAAUGUUUUCGCCCCCGAGUAUUUUUGGGAGUGGGAGACAAUAUCAAGCAAAUGGAACCAUAUCGGAGAAUGACCUAUUUUCAACGCCACUAAAUCUACCUUAUUGUGACACACUGGACACAUAAAGGUGCUUUCGGUGGCUUUUGAAGAUGCCAACUGGCACAGAGCUUUAGGCUGCUUGACAUAUUGUGUUAUUUUGAUAAUAAACAGAUAUGCUUUAGCCUCCUUAGGCCUACAUUCUAUAAUAAUGGAACAUUUGCAGAUUGUGUAGCCUCAUUUAUUUAAAAAAAAACUACAACAGCAUUUUCGCCAGGACAAUUCUCACAAGCGGCUUUCAGAGGCACAUGCGAGCUGUUCGUUCUGCUGCCUCUGUCGAGGAUCUGCCCUUCCGUCAUUUCAAACAGGGACGGCAUCCUGACCCUUCGGUGUGAAACGAUACUCGGGCGAUUCCUGCUGUCCGAACAAUCUGCGGCACGGCGCUGAGUGGGUCACUAUCUGCAGGGAGAGGGAGGAGGACGAGCACGUUGCCCGCUGUCCCCGCAUACUGUACAGCCAUGGAGCCGUUACCUGAGCAGAACUGCACCAUGUCGAAAAAGAGCGUCAUAGCUCAAAUCUUCAAAGUUCGCAAGAGGAGACAGAUGCUUUUCGUUCAAGUCUGUUUUAUCUGCAGUAUUUUAUCUUUGACGUGGUGCAUGUCCGCCCUGCUCACAAAAACAGGACAUGGUCUGGUCAUGGAGCAGGGGCUGGUUGACACAACAAACCGUCUGGGACGCAGGCUGAUGGCCGUGGACGGAGACAAUGACACACUGGAUAAGAACUGCACAGAGCCAGCCAUCAAUGAGUUCCCUGAGGAUGUCUUCACCACCUACCAGCGCACCAGAGGAGCUGUCCUGCUGCACAUAUUUGCGGCCCUCUACAUGUUUCUGGCCUUGGCCAUCGUCUGUGAUGACUAUUUUGUGACGUCAUUGGAGAAGAUCUGUGAGAAACUGGACCUAAGUGAAGAUGUGGCAGGAGCUACUUUCAUGGCUGCUGGCAGCUCAGCACCAGAGCUGUUCGCUUCAAUUAUAGGUGUCUUCAUCACUCAUGGAGACGUGGGUGUUGGAACCAUAGUGGGCUCAGCGGUGUUCAACAUUCUAUGCAUCAUCGGUGUGUGCGGAAUCUUCGCUGGACAGGUAGUAUACCUGACUAAGUUUGCAGUGUUCCGUGACUCGCUCUACUACACCCUGUCUGUGUUGGCAUUGAUUGCAGUCAUUUACGAUGAGAAGAUAGUGUGGUGGGAGAGCUUAGUGCUAGUACUGAUGUACUUUGGGUACAUUCUGAUCAUGAAAUUUAACACCAGCAUCCAGAACUAUUUCACAGGGAAGGAAGACAAGAGCUUGGCCAAUGGUAACACAGUGAUCAGCAGCGAGCUGGAGGAUGGUAAUGCUUGUUAUGACAGUUACAUGUGGGAUGAUCCGUCCAAGCCGUUACUCUCUCCAGUGAAGCCCACUAAGAUGUACAGUCGUGGCUCUGUGGUGAUGGUGGAUGAGAUGAUCAACUCCAGCCCUCCUAACUACAGUUUCCCAGACGCCGGCCUGCGCAUCAUGAUCACCAACCAUUUUGGCCCCAAGACACGCCUCCGCAUGGCCAGCCGCCUCAUCAUCAAUGAGCAACAGAGGCUGGUGCAGGCGUCUAACGGUGUGGACAACGAAACCAUGGUGAUCACUGAUGGUAAACCUGAGACCUUGGAGAACGGCACCGUACCAGAGGACAAGACUGCAGAGGAAGAGGAGGGAGAAGCCCUGAACUCACCCUUCACCAUCCCUGGGGGCUGCAUGGAGAAGGUGAAGUGGCUGAUCUCCUGGCCCAUCCUGUUGCUGCUCUACUUCACUGUGCCAAACUGUGCCAAGCCUCGCUGGGAACGCUUCUUCAUGCUCUCCUUCUUCCUCUCCACCGUGUGGAUCGCCGUCUUCUCCUACUUCAUGGUCUGGAUGGUCACCAUAAUUGGCUACACUCUGGGCAUCCCUGAUGUGAUUAUGGGCAUCACCUUCCUGGCAGCUGGCACCAGUGUCCCCGACUGUAUCGCCAGCCUUAUUGUUGCUCGUCAAGGUCUUGGGGAUAUGGCGGUUUCCAACACCAUUGGUAGUAAUGUCUUUGAUAUCUUGGUGGGACUGGGGCUCCCCUGGGCGAUACAGACCAUGGCUGUGGACUAUGGCUCUGAGGUGAUGAUCAACAGCAGAGGGCUGCUCUACUCUGUGGUGCUGCUUCUUGGCUCUGUGUUUCUGACAGUUCUGGGGAUCCAUGUGAAUCAUUGGAAGUUGGACCUGAAGCUGGGUGUGUAUGUGCUGGUGAUGUACGUCAUCUUCCUGUGUUUCUCCAUCAUGAUCGAGUACAACGUCUUCACCUUCGUCAAUCUGCCCAUGUGUCUGGAGCAGCUGUAGGACGGCCACUGGACCAGAACGGGAGUCCCUGCUGAGUUAUAGACUCAAACAGCCCUCUGGAUCUAAACUUAAUCGCUAACUAACACAAUCAUUUCUAUAAUUUUACAUUUCCACAUACACUUGUUUUACACACUCCUUCCCCAUUCCAGACGUAUUUGUCUGCCCUUACUAUACCCCUAGUUCCCUAGAUCUUUACAUUCAUCCACAAUAUCCUCUGUCCCCCAAACAACACUACCUACACAUGCUUUUGUGCUGUCAAUUAGAGGAGGAGAUACGAACAGAACCGUAUGGAUUCUCCUUACUAACUCAGAGGAACAGGUGGCUAUUCUGUCUUUCCCUGCAGAGCGCAUAUCACCAUCAGAAGGAAAGAAACACAGCUCACCUCUAAACAGAACCCACCUGCUUGAAACCCUCCUCGUCUCUACAAUAUAACCCUGGACCACCAUGACACCACCUUCCUUGUCUGUUUGUAUCUCAUCCGGUCUGGGAGGACCCAACCAGCCCUCUCUGUAUAUUUAUGAAUUCUUCAUUUAUUGCCAUUUUGAUUUAUUCUAUUAUCGUCUUUCUUUGGAAGGAAAGCAAACAUACAUUUCAUGAACAUAUUGCACUUUAGAUGUUUCGUGUGAAAAUAAUUAGAGUAUAUAUAUAUGGCAUAUAAUAUAUUAUAUUUUUACGGUUCAACGUUCUAGUUCCUCCUUUGUGUGGUGCAGUAAGGAGAGAAAGGGAGAAGGCAGCAUCCUCUUUCUCUCUGGCAGGGAGUAGAGAGUCCAGGGGAGAACCUGUGCUUCUUCUGUUUCUGGACACUCUCCAACUGCAAGAAACUGCUGACCAAGACAAGACUGACACGCCAUGUUCCGUAUUUGAGUGUGAGUGGAAGUAGGUGAGAGAUUGCAAGAAUGGGAGGGGGAGUGUCUAUUAGUAUUCAGCUCCACUGUGGAGAGGAGAAAACCUCUUGGGAGACUGUGUCCCCAUUGGUGCUUGGUGGAUGAGGAUUUUACAGAUGGCUUGAGUGUACAGGGAACAGGACUUGGGCCCUUUGGCUGAGGAAAAGCAUGGAUUUAUUUUGGCAUACUGUUGGAGGAUCCAGAGCCAGGCUCGUACGCCUGAGUCGUGUUGAUUUGUUUAAAAAGAAAAAAAUGCAUUGUGUAUUUGAUAUCUUCAGCUCCUAACAGGGCCAAGUCUUGUACUCUGUUCAGUUCCCUCUCCUCCCUGUGCACCAGUCUGUCUGUCUCAGAGGGCUGAAGAGCUGCUGCUGCCCCCCAGUGGUCUAAACAGAGUGGAUCCCUAUGCCACUGGCUGUGGUUGCUAUGGGAGUGAGUAUUAUUGUGACACAAACCAGGAAGGAUACGACCGGGACCAUGGAUGGGGAUCUGUGCUGCACAAUGGCAAAUGUAUUUAUGUUGUGUGUGUGUGUGUGUUUAUGUAUAUAUGACCCGACAUGCACAAGCUGAGGUCCUCUCGUUGUGAUCCCUGUGCUUCUUUUCUUCUGCCAGUCGGGCAAGGUGGGAUGCAGUUCCUGCGUAGAUAUUUUAAACUGCUUCCUUCUCUCCCCCUUACCCUGCCCCAAAUCAUCCUUCUCCUCCUUCGCCUCCUCCUGGCUCUCUCUUUCUCUGUGAUUAUGUCUUCUCUAAAUGCAUGAUGGGACGGCGAGGCAGUGUUUAUUUAUUGCUCCCCAGAGCAGAAGCUUAGUGGGAUGGGAUAGGAUCAUCACCCUGUUCGUCCACCCGUCGACCUCCAAAUAUUGGCAGCUACGAGUCGAGUCGCCCUCUGCCCAUUUGACUGACUUCUUGACCUCGUUAUGGGUCGUGUUCAUCAGGGCACACAAAGGAAAACAUUUUGAACCUUAAGUAGUUGCUCCCUGUUUCAGUCCGUUUUCUUCUGUUUGGUGCCUAACGAACACGACCCAGUUCAGAGGUUGCUGUGGGAACAGAGGGUGGAGUCUGUAUCGGUGUCAGUCGUGAGUGUGUAGGGUGUUGGUGGUGUAUCGGUGUUGAAAAGUGUUGUCACUGUUUUCUGUGUUGAAAAGCAGACAUUGGAUGCAGUGUGUGGUAUAUAUAAUAUAAACACAUGUAUGCAAUCUCAAUAAAAAGAGGACCAGGCAAGGAUGAUACAGCA